UUACGAACGCAGCGCGGAAAUCGCGCGAACGUUUUACGAACGCAGCGCGGGCAUUUGCCGGCACGUGUUAUGUGACCAGGAAAUAGGUCUUCCUGGGAGUCAUUUUCUCGACGUGGGGUCUCGACGAGGGGAUAAGUCGUUACCACCAAGUUAUGGCGUGCCCUGCCCCUCGAUCGCUUGGCGGGAGAUGCAGCACACGAUUGACGAUUUCUCGUGGACUUUGAGGAGGCGGCUACUUCGCGACGCGGCACAGUCGUGCUUUUAGCGCGUUUUAGUCACAUUGCCAAGUACGAUAUGGAGCCUGUUCACAACGUAGCGUUCGAUUUUGUGAUUGUAUUUGCUCCGAUUCUCUUGAUCUUUGCUACGUGUCUCACAGUCUUCCACAGACUGAGAGCGAGAUGGCCUGUGAAAGUGAACUGCUGGUUUUGCAACGAAAACACGAAAAUUUCAAGGCAAAACCUGGGCUGGUGGUUGUGUCCGUGGUGUGAACAAUAUAAUGGUUUUUCCAAGAAUGGCGAUUAUGCAUACGAUAUUCCAGAGCAGCGUACAAUUUCGAAAAUGCAUAAAAAAUAUUGUAAAUUGUCUGAAAGAAGUGACAAACACAGUAUUUUCAAGAAUAAUCUCUGUACAUACUGCAACGAGCGAGAGAGUCUGAAACUGUCGGAACUAUCCAACUUUGAGCCUAAAAACGAGAAGCUUUUUAAGGCAGAGCUGAAAGCAUUUAGUGAAUAUUUGGAAAUGAAAUAUCCGUUAUGCAAUGGCUGCAAAUCAACAGUGCGGAAUGUGUUACAUAGGCAAGCGCUGUGGCUUACUCGUUACAAAAUGUUGUUUUACAGGAAGAAACCAAUUAACGCGUUUAUUGGUGUAAGUAUAUUUGCCGGAAAGACGUGCAAAGAAAGUCACGUUAUUAUAAAAUUAAUGCUUGAUACUUCAUAUGCAAUUGUAGCAAUAAAUAAUUGUUGGUUAGCACUCUUGCAGAAAGCAAGAAAAUUGGAAACAGUUUUCCGAGUUCUUUCGACGAUAGUGCUCCCAAUGAUCAUAUACAACUACGAUUUCAUUUGGCUGCCAAUCAGUGGACUAUUCUUUCAUUUGUGCGCUUGUUGGGCAAGUUUAACGAGUAGGAGGAAAAAUUCUGAUGUAUUUCUGAUGUUUUUAUGGUUCUGCAUCAUUAGUCUUGAAAAUUUGACAAUUCUUCAUAAUGCCUGGCUUAUAACAGAAUAUAUCACGCGAUCUCACAUGAUAGCAUUAUGUGCACUCGUCAUAGGCUUAGUAAAUCUAAGAUCCAGUUCGUAUAAAAAUACAUUGACCGGCUCAGUAGCGUUCAAGAAGAUCAAGUUACAUACAAGGGAUGACAUGUCACCUGAACUGACAUUUAACAAUCAAAGCAAAAAGAAUAAAAUUUCAAGCGAAGCAAACGACAGUAUUAAACCAUCAGUCUACACGGCAGAUGACUUAUCUUGCACUGAAAUCAAAUUCAGCAAAUCACAUUCAGCAAUAUUAAGACAGAAACUAUCUAUAAUUACUGCAAGCGACAGCAACAACAGUUGUCUAAAUCUAAACUCCGUCUCUCAAAACGAGAAUAAUUCAUCGGACAAUUGCUGUUUGAACGACAGCCUGAGCACCCUUCUUCUGAGCGAAGAUUCACCGAGAUACAGUAGAGCUGCGAAAGCAGUACCGGCAAUCUUCGAGCGAAAGGUGUACAACGCAACGAGCAACGAGAAUCUGUUCAGGAUGACCAGCAGUAAAAGAAAAUGCAUCCUGUCGCCACCGAAGCUCGGAUCGGUGACGCAGACCUCGUGGGUGGCUGGUGGUUACUGGCAGGAGGGUAUGAUGACCGCCGUGCCGCCCACACUUUCACGAUCGUCUAGCCAAAGCUCCGGUUUUGUAUCGGUUAGCUCUUCCAAUCUCGCGCCUUCUCGCGAACCGUCUGUGCACGAGUUCGAUCGGUGCUCCGUCGUGUCGGAGGCCACGCGAUGGUCGUAUCAGACGCCACGAUCGAGCAUGGCGUGCCCCGUCGUAAGGCGUGAUUCGCCAAUUUCUCGUCCACAGUCGCGAUAUUCCGACGCGGGUCAUUCGCGGCCGAUACUGUCGCCGACGAUUCGCGCGAUGGGCGAUUUCAUCCAAGAUAAUUACGUUCGCGGGCCGAACGAUGGGGAUCGAAAUGGCACGGUGCCAGUGUAUUCCGGUCAUCAUACGACGACGAUCAUCGCGAGCCCCGGUUGGUUGUCCGCCCUCCUCUGCGGUUCGCUGAUACUGAACAUGAUAGUACUGUGCACUACGUUAUUACGUUAACGUCGCGACGACCGGAAUCACCAUCGCGUCAGGUUCUUGUGUGUUCACGCGGUAAUUUUUAUCAAUCACUUGGAUCGUGUAGCAUUAAUUAAACCUCGGGUACUCGGCGAAUUUGGUCAGUUGACCAGGAAGAUCCCGCGGAUGAUUUCCUUUUGUUGUUUUCUUAUCCUUUACAUGCGGUCUUCUACUGUCGAUUUCUUAGAUUCUAGAACGUACUCUCAAGUCUAAGCUUGGGAUUACUUGCGAAUAUUUAGGAGAUAAUGAGAUUACUGCCAGUUAGAGAACGAGUACAAUAUUCCGUUCUAUUGCCGGAAAAUAGUAAAUAUGCCACACACUGCCAAUGUACUUGCUCAUUGAACAUAUCUGCCAUGCUGCUAUGCUUUCUCUUUAUUAUUCUUUGGCCAACAGGAAAUUUCUGUAUUGUAUAGAUUAUCUUUAGUAUGUAUGUAUGUAUAUUUGCCAACUCGUUUUCUUUCUUAUUAUCUUUUUUUUUUUCUUUCAGUAGAUUUCUUUCAGUACAUAUUUCUGCCUUUUGUCGUUUUCGUCGAGACAUUGUGUGUCUCGAAUCUUAAUUGCUCGGACGUAAGGCUGGACUUUACGGAGCAAUCCGCUCAAUGCCAAUUUUGUAAAUGCGUAAACGCAUUUUUUUUGCGCAUUCAUGAAUAUAAUGCAAUUUUUUCUAGAUUUCCAAUCGUGACAAAGUUUAAAAUAAUGCGGAAACGAAGAAUAUUCGCGUAUUUUAUCGUCCGGGAAUAAUUUCGUCCAAAAAAGAACAGUAUCGCACUGCGAAGUGUUUCAUAAUACUAUUUACAUGUAUUUAGUUUAUAGUUUAGACUUCUUUUCGUACAGAAUUAUUCCAGAAAGGAUAGAACGUAUGCACGAAUACUUUUACACUUUGUAAUUAUAUAAAAAUUUCCAGUGAUAAAUACGUACGUAUGUAAUUUUGUGGUAUAAAUAAAUAUACUUGUUUACGCGUUACACGCUGAAUAUUUCUUGUUUUCCACAUGUAGUAUUAUUUAUCGACGUAAAGACCGAUUAUACAAUACUGCCGGGGACUUUGUAAAAAGAAGUGCGUUCUACGUCAAGUACAUGCAGGUCUCUACUUAGCCUGUGAAAAUUCUUGUUGUAAUGAUCAUGUUGCUUAUUGUAUUAUGAAUAUGGUAUGUUUUGAUAUCUAUGAUAUAUUGUACAAUUCUAUCGAUAAAAAUAAAACUCAACUUUUAUAAUAUAA